AUGACCGCUUCCAAUAUAGCAUCUCGUCUUGGCUCAGAAUUCUCUCGAGAGAGCCAUCGCUAUGGGCAAGAGAGCAUCCUUCAAGAUAUAUCUGUGUAUUAUCCCCGCCCUCUUUCGCAAACGAACCCUUCAUCAAGUGUCUGGAUAAUUUACAUUCACGGCGGUGCGUGGCGCGACCCGGAAAUUACAUCCGCCUCUCUUGAGCCCACGCUGGGGGCUCUUGUUUCCAAUUACGACCCUCAAAUCCUGCAGGGGGUUGCUGCCUUUGCGUCAAUCGAUUAUCGUUUGACAGCCCAUCCCAAAUUUCCCCAAGAUCCGUCCACCACCGAGCCGACCCAUUUGCGGAGUGCAACUCACCCUGAUCAGCUCAAUGAUGUGCAAAAGGCGAUCGCGUAUUUACAGGCUAAAUUCCAGUUUGGGGAAAGAUAUAUUCUAGUCGGACACAGUUGUGGCGCUACCCUUGCUUUUCAAGCCGUGAUGGGAAGUGUUCUAAGCGUCGGAACAACAGGAAGUGGGACUCCCGGGCAGAAUAUGAAACUGCCCAUCACGAUAGUGGGUGUAGAAGGCAUCUACGAUUUGCGUGCUCUCCGUGAUAAUUUCAAACAUCUUCCCGUUUACCAAGAAUUCAUCGAAGCUACCUUUGGUUCGGAUGAAAAUGUAUGGGAUGGACUAUCGCCCGCUCAAGUGGAAGGACAACAAGGUAUAGAAGGAGGGUGGGUAAAUGGCAGGCUAGCUGUGCUAGCUCAUUCUAAGGCCGAUGAAUUAGUUGACAUUGGACAGCUAAGAGCUAUGGCCAAAGUGCUAGACAUGUGGAGAGCAGCGGGCAGCCAAGGGCGUAGUAGGAAUGUGCUUCUGCUUGAUGACCUGAAAGGGGCCCAUGACGAGAUCUGGAGCAAAGGUGAUGCGCUGGCUCAGGUUAUUGUAAAGGCAAUUUCUGAGUUGAAUCUAUCCGAGAAGCUGUGA